UAUUGCAUUGGCUGGCAACCGUCCAACUGUCGACGCCCCUUCCGUUAAAGUAUUGAGAGAUGCAGGUGCUAUUAUCUUGGGCAAAACCAACUUGCAUGAAAGUAUGCACCAACAUUUUCCCUUAAUAUUCGAUAUCCCCUCUCGAAAUGAUAGUAACCAAGAUUGAAACAGUGGCGUUGGAGGGCCUCACUGUAUCAUCAUUAGGCGGGCAGACCAUUAAUCCAUACGAUGCCACGCGGACCCCUGGGGGCAGCAGUGGAGGAACGGGUGCGGCAAUAGCAUCAAGUCUGGCCAUAUUAGGCACAGGCACAGAUACUGUCAAUAGCCUCCGGAGCCCUGCAAGUGCAAACAACCUCGUUAGCGUCCGGCCGACUCGUGGACUUUUAUCGAGAUCAGGCAUCAUACCCAUCAGCUUUACACAAGACAACAUUGGUCCCAUCGCAAGAAACAUCCAAGAUCUAGCCAUUGCCCUGACCGUCAUGGCAAGUGUUGGUGCUGAUGAAGGUGACAACGCCACCUUUCACGUCCCACCAGAAGUUAGGGGCACGGAUUAUACAGAAGGUCUUAACGACGGUAACCUGUCUGUCUUUCGUAUAGGCCUGCUAGACGGAUUCUGGAAUCACACGCCGUCCGACGAGACAGCUCCGGUUAUCGAUGCCUUCUCAAGCGCCAUUGAUUUCCUCACAGCCCAGAGUGCGGAGAUCUUCAACGUAACAGACGGAAUAUACAAUGCAUCAGCCCUUGCCUUGUUCGAUGUGCAGAAAUUCGAAUUCAGGGAGGAAGUAAAUAAGUACCUUUCCCGUCCAACCCUGAACGGCGAUAGGCCGACUACCUGGGACGAAGUGUACGCGAGCGGAAAAUUCCUCGUCAUUCCGUCUCAAUACGAUUUUAUAAGUGAAUCAAAAGAGCUAUCGACUGACGAUGAUUUGUAUGUGGCGAACAAGCAGAGCAUCGAAAAUCUCAGGAGGGUAGUCAAUGAAACUUUCAAGAAGGGGAACUUUGAUGCUCUUAUCUAUCCGGAACAGAAGAACCUCGUAGUCAAACUCGGCUCGCCGUCGCAGGCGGGGCGGAACGGUAUCCUCGGGGCAUUGACAGGGUUUCCGGUUGUUACGGUGCCGGUAGGAUUCUCUAGGCCAACUGGAGAUGCACCACUUGGUGUCCCCAUUGGCAUGGAAAUACUGGGCCAGCCAUUCGAGGAGGGCAAGUUGCUAAACAUAGCCAACCACUUCACUCGUCUCUAUCCAUUCCGCAAAACACCGGUGUUUGCGAACCAGGAUGUUGAGAUGGGAUCCUAUCUUUCAAUGCCGAAUAUCCAACCAAAUAGGUCCAUUUCCCCGGCAUAUCCUCUUGGAGUCCUUCCACCCCCUAGUUAAACUAAAGGGGUCAAGGUAUUAUCCCCCUAGGCAACUAGUACAUAACACUACAUGUAUGUUAUAUUGUGUCGUGUAUUGUGUCGUGCGUGACAAAGCCGAUAAUGGGAUGAGAACUUACUGCAAG